UGGUUGGUGAUUUUUGCAGUUAAUGCUGAUGAAUGUCUAAUGACAAGAAUGCAAGAAAUGUCAUUGGAUUAUCAUUUCUCUGUGGAGCAAGAAGUUGGCUCUUCUACACAUGCUUUUUUCGGAUUUAAUGGCACUGCUGGUGUUUGGAGAAUCGCCGCGAUAGAUGAGGCUGGAGGUUGGAAGGACAGGACAACGGUUGAGGAUAUGGACCUUGCUGUCCGUGCUAGUCUCAAGGGCUGGAAAUUCUUGUUCCUUGGUUCAGUCAAGGUAAAAAACGAAUUACCAAGUACAUUGAAGGCCUAUCGUUAUCAACAACAUCGUUGGUCCUGUGGCCCAGCCAAUCUCUUCAGGAAAAUGUGUAUGGAGAUCAUAAGAAACAAGAAAGUGUCUUUGUGGAAGAAGGUUCAUGUGAUUUACAGCUUCUUCUUCGUUAGAAAGGUUGUAGCUCAUAUUGUUACUUUCAUAUUCUAUGUUGUGGUAUUACCCGCCACUGUAUUAGUACCUGAAGUUGAGGUUCCGAAGUGGGGAGCUGUUUACAUUCCUGCCAUCAUUACGCUGCUCAAUGCUGUUGGAACUCCAAGGUCACUCCAUCUGCUGGUAUUUUGGAUCCUUUUCGAGAAUGUAAUGUCACUGCACCGUACUAAGGCCACCUUCAUCGGCUUGUUGGAGGCAGGACGAGUGAACGAAUGGAUUGUCACAGAGAAAUUAGGGGACGCUCUGAAGUUAAAAUCAGCUACCAAAGCGUUUAAAAAACAUCGAAUGAGGCUAGGUGACAGGAUUCAUUUGUUAGAGUUUGCUGCUGGUGCAUACCUCUUCUUCUGUGGAUGUUAUGACAUUGCAUUUGGUACUAACCACUAUUUCCUCUACCUCUUCAUUCAAGCAUUCGCCUUUCUCAUCGUUGGAUUUGGUUACGUUGGUACUUUCGUCCCCAACUCUUAGUCAACGAGCAUGAAACUGAUUUUAUGGUAUGAAUCUUAAGCUUUUUCGCCCUGUGCUCCCCCUCAGUAGCACCAAAAGAAGUGGCGUUGCGCGCCUUUCUUGUUUUGGGGUCUGUUUUUUGAUCAUUUGUAAAGAGAUGAAUAGUUGGUUAUAUUCUUUUUAGGUAAUUUCAAACAUGAAAGUGAUUCGAGCCU